AUGUUUGGGAUUGAGGGCCUCGUGCCAAAGCUGGACCAGGAGGAAAUGCUACAGAAGAUGCGAGAGGACGGCAGCUCCUCCACAGGGAAUUUUCUGAAACCUGUGGCCCUGCUGCGAGUCACUCCAUGUAUCUUAAAGAAAUUGAAUAGCAUCUGA